CAUGUCUCUCCCUACGGCCAGCAUAGGGAACGGGAAUGUUUCUAGGAGCCAAAAAGGACUCCACUCCUGGAAUUUGUCCACAGGCCCGUGGUUCUGGGCCCAACCGUAGUUGUAAAACUGAUGGCCCAGCAGCCAUGACUUCACCGGAGCCCCCCCAACGCCGCCUCCUGCUGCAUGGACCUGUGAAGCUGGCCAGUAAUAACCAGGUCAAGAAGCGUCAUGCCUUUCUGUACAGUGAUGUGCUGCUCAUUACAAACAACAAGUACAAAAAGCAGUUCAAAAUCAAACUCCGGGUUCCAAUAAACAACAUAUGGCUUGCUAAAAAUACUGUGGAGCAUGGUGACAGUCCUGAAUUAAAAUCACUGAAGUUGGGAUGGCCUUUGCAAAAUUUUACGGCUAAGUUCUCGUCUGUGGAACUGAAGGAUAAAUGGCAUCGCUUUCUGGAAAGAUCAAUCACCCAAAGCCAGAAGAUGGAUGGAUUGCAGAAUACUCUGGUUAAAAUCACUACCAGUAAUAUUAAUAAUUCUUCCAGUUCUGCCAUUUUAGCAGCUCAUAAUUUAGACACCAUCAGGGAUGUUAUCAACAUGGCAUUGCCAGGGCUAGGAUUAACUGGCUCAGAAAGAGAUUACCAGCUGUGGGUCCAUUAUGGUAAGACUGAGGCCCCAUUCCCACUCAUGGGCCAUGAAAAUCCAUACACAAUUCAGGAGCACUAUUAUCGAACUUCCAUCCAUCAGUCCGCACUGGGGAAGCCCACCUCUCCCCAUAUCCUUCUGGAGUCCACCCCAGAGAUCUUAGCUGAUGGAAAACUGCAGUUUAUCCUGACAUGCCAGGGCAAGCCAAGACCCCAGCGUAGAGGUGCAUUUUUCAGAAAUUAUUUGUCUUGCCUGGGCGCUGCAGCAAGCCAGGACGGCCUGUCUCUGGACACUGAUUCUUCUGCACAGCCGGUUAGGCUUCAAAUGAAUGAUCUUACAGCAAUCAUUUUGUUAGGUAUCAUUAUGAUCGUUAUGCCUCCUGAGCGCUGA